UUCAGUUCUGCCAAUUAAACGGAGACACUGCAGUUAACGAUUGCAGACGCCGGAUGAGCAAACACGAUACGGUUCCCGUGGUUGACACAGACUAUUUCUGCUUAAUGUUGGUCUAUAUAUGGUGCUGCGCCGAAAACGGAAAGAAACUACUGCACCAAUCGACUUUAAAGAAGUUUUCAUGAAGACCAUAAUAAUGCGUAUGGUUUUUAUCAUACUUGCAAUCACCGCCAUAUGCUCAUCACUGAAAGUGAAGCCAAAUGGAAGGAGGAAGAUCAAAAGAAAAGGUGCCGAAUCUCAUCCCGAAUGCCAAACUUUCAAAAAAACUAACGAAAGAAGACAGUGCGAACUUGUGUUCUCAAAUCCCUACAUCGAAUGGUCAGAGAAGAUGCUUUCGGACGAUAAAUAUAUCGAAAAUCUAGAGACAGUAGACGUUUCGGAUAACGACGGUGCGCGAAUAACAAGAAUAAAGCGACGAGCACAAAAGAUAAAGAAAUGCAAAUUUUCCAUGGAGCAUUACAAAAAUACAUCUCUACCAAAGGGACUGCGUAGUACGUCACCGUAUGAGAGUUACAUUACUUUUGAUGCGAAUAGAAUUCCUGUUCGGAUAAUUAGUCACCGAUGUCUUUGCCGGGGAUGCAUUAAUGUGGCAACUCUUGAAGAAGACAACAACGUCGUUAGUCAGCGAGUUCAAGUUCCAGUCGAAGUGAUGAGAAACAAAGCGAAAGUACGAGAGACUGUAUAUGUUGGUUGCAGCUGUUUUAUACCCAAAACAUUCAACAUAAAGAAUCGUCCUAGAGGGAGACCUAGAAAUAGAAAGCGCCGAAAUCGCCGAACCGGUUGAUGUUGUUGACAGCGAUACUUGUUGAAACAUUUUACACGAUAGUUUAAUAAUAUGAAUUUUCAUUUAUUUAAAC